GGGGAGCUCAAUUGGGAACGAAGCGUGACGUAACUUUUGUUUUGGAAAAACCAACCAGCGACCGAAGCUUCUGAAGAAUGGAUCCCAAAGCGGAUAAUUAUAAGCUGAUAUUUGAAAAAGAAGGGGUGUACCUCCACACCAACGCCAAGAAGAGUAGCCAGGAUACCUCCAUCCCCGGGUUUAUCCGCAUCGUGGAACGGGCCGGGGAGCCAGCAUUAGAGUGGAUCCCACUAGAGGAUGAGGGACGAAGUGCCCCAGCUGUACUCUUCACCAGAAAGGAUGGUGAGGGAGGCGAAGAGGAUACGAAAUUUGACCCUGGGUAUGAACCAGACUGGGCAGUCAUUAGCACAGUGAAGAGGGAUCGAGAGCAUGUCCCAGUCAAAGAGACAAGUCAGUGGUCCUUCUCCCUGCCCCUCUCAGAGCUAUACUCUCUUCGAAGGGCUCGGUUCUCCUUGGGGCGAAACUUCCUGGUGUUGACCAGUAGAGGGGGCCAUCCACUACCUCCUCUGCACUUCCACAGGGGAGGAACCAGAGAACUGUUGACGGCCCUGCAGCGCUACAUCAUUCUGGCUUCGUCACCAGUAGAUGGGCGGCUCUUUCUUGCCUAUCCUCAUGACUCAGGUGCCCUGUCUCAGUCCUUUGAUGAGUUGCAUCUCCUCGAUGAUGGUGGCUCUGACCUUGUCUCAAGAUUCAUCCAGGACCCCUAUGCUACUACCUUUGGUGGAUUCUCUAAAGUCACAAAUUUCUUUCGAGGGGCUCUUCGCCCUCCAGAGUCCCCCUUCCAUCCUCGUACUGCUGCGGAUCCAAAUAUGCCCCACUCAAAUGAUGAAGAGCCUGGCUUUGAACUCAUUACCUGCGGGGCAGAGCUUGGCCCCAGACCAGAUGUAACCAGGGGACAACCUUUGGACAAAUGGGAGGAGUUUCUGGACCCAGAAGGGUGCAUCCAGAACCCUGAGCAAAUCAAAGAGCUGGUGUUCAGAGGGGGUAUCACGCCAUCCCUGAGGAAAGAGGUGUGGAAGUUUCUCUUGGGCUUUUAUCCGUGGAAUAGCACUGCCAAAGAAAGGGAUGGCAUUCUGAGGGUUAAGACAGAUGAAUACUUCAGAAUGAAGGUGCAGUGGAAGUCAGUCACUGAAGAGCAAGAGAUGAGGAACUCACUCCUCAGAGGAUACCGAAACCUGAUAGAGAGGGACGUGAGCAGGACAGACAGGCACAAUACCUUCUUCUCUGGGAAUGACAACCCUGGACUGACCCUGCUCCAUGAUGUGCUGAUGACAUAUUGCAUGUACAACUUUGAUCUUGGCUAUGUGCAGGGAAUGAGUGACCUCCUGGCGCCCCUUCUGUUUGUCACUCAGAAUGAGGUGGAGUCCUUCUGGUGCCUGACAGGCUUCAUGGAGCUUGUGCACCAGAACUUUGAGGAGUCUCAGGAAGCCAUGAAGCACCAGCUUCUUCAACUCAGUAUACUGCUGAAGGCUCUGGACCCCGAGCUAUGUGACUACCUGGAUUCUCAGGACAGUGGGUCUCUUUGCUUCUGUUUCCGAUGGCUUCUCAUCUGGUUCAAGAGAGAGUUCUCCUUUGAGGACAUCCUUACUUUAUGGGAGGUUCUUUGGACCCGACUGCCGUGUGAGAACUUCCACCUGCUGAUAGCUUGUUCUAUCCUGGAAUCCCAACGAGGAGAGUUGAUUGGUUCAGAUCACGAUUUCAACACAAUUCUAAAGCACAUCAAUGAACUGACAAUGAAGCUGGAUCUGCAGACUGUGCUCCGUGAAGCAGAGGCCAUCUAUCUACAGCUGAGCCAAUGCAAGGACCUGCCAGUAAAGGUCCGGGAGGUUCUGGGUCUCUACGUCCCCUCAAGUUCUGAAGAGGUGAGCCCAGGCUCGGACACAAACGGGACGCCGCACUUUCUCAGCCAAUCACAGGCUGGCGCUACUUCAACAGACCCAAGCUGCAAUGUCGGGGCAGCGGGACCGCACACUCCCACAACCUACCCUUAACUCUGAACAAAUGGAUGGCUGACAUGGUGCAAGAAAGUAAUUGAUAGAUGUAUUAAAAAAAUAUUUGUCUAUGAAACAUACACUAUGUGGUUGUGGGUGGUGUUGUGGAGCCGGUGAGGGAGGGUGAAUGUACUGUUAUUGAUGAAUGAAUACUGAAGACUGUUGUUACCAUCUGUAAUAGGUAAGGGGUAUUGUAAGCUCAAAGAAGAAGUGUCUGCAUCAUGAAUGUUAUAAUCCAAGAUGUAAAAACAUUAUAGCUAUAUUUGUUGUGCUUUUUUUCCCCCCCUCUAUGUCCAAUGUAUUUCCUUCUCCUCUUGGUGUUAUAACGGUAAUCUGCCAUUUGUUUACACAUCCUAUCUUCGAAUGAGAUUUUGCCACCUUACCCAUGCCAUCCUUAAGUUUUUUUUUUUUUUUUUGUGACGCUGCUAUUUCAUAUAUUAACAUUUACUUUUCCAUUAUUAUCACCAUCUUCUUGGUUUUUCAUUUCUGUUUCAGCUACAUGCAUUCUCAUGCUUUAGUAAAGAUGCCCUACCCACUUACCACCCUGACUGAGAAGGGAUGACAAUGAAGGAUAAACAGGCUGUUAGUAUUGUAUAAUGCCAUUCCAAACCUAUGCAAAUUUUGCAUGCCUUAUAGAUUUUACAUUCGACAUGUUAACAUUUUUAGGUUUGUCUUUUAAUAAUGUUAUAUUAUUGCAACUAUGCUACACGGUUUUCACCCUACUGAUAAUUACCAAAUAAAUGGUUAAAUCUUA